AUUUUGCAUUUGUGAAAUGAUUUUGAUGUGAUAUGAAAGUACAGGGAUAUAUAUGUUUCUUGAACCAUAACACAAAUGAGAAUCUAUUCACGUUUAGAUGGGACUAUUUGGCUGUUUUGGCUUCCAUAGUCAAUUCAGCUUUAAACAAAACAUACAAGGUCCUUGGACUAUAAGGAGUAACGUUAUUCUACCUUUAUUUCAACAAGAAACACAGACUGAGACCAAGGUCUCUUUUACAGCUGGGCCCUGGUAUACAUGUUUACACGUACAGUUUAGGUACAAUGAUUAGAAACUUAACAAGACAAACAAAACGAUCACAGAUAACACAAAAAAAUACAGUAGCAGAUUAUUAAAUGUACACAUAGGUUAUUCCCCUAACAGCGUUAGGCUCAUUAUUGGGCUGAACCACACGAAACGCAUAAGAAUGUGUACGCAGAUCCAAGCGGAACCUUUAUUAACAUCAUUUUGACACGUCAUCUGAAGCACACGGACUCAUGUCGACGUUACACACAUAGCUACACUUCCUCGCCCUCUGAAAAAACGAUCUACCGAUGUAACCAGGUGAAGGCCAAAUAGGUAGCUAUGUCUGUGUUUUUGACCGUAUUAAAUGCAAUUCAUACAUAGUUCAAGGCAACGUUCGCAGUCGAAUCAACUACAAUCCAUUUUUUUUAAUGAUAGUCGACACAUUCAUUCAUUAAUCAUUCAUUGUUUGGUUUGGCAUGUGGUGUCGCAUGACAACAGUCAACACAAGGUCGCAUGACAACACAAGGUUCCCAGAGGGCACAGCUGGUUUGAUGCCCGCGGCUCCACAAUGGAGCUAUCUGACUCAGUCACACAUAAGAACGGGCGGCAGAGGAAGCCUGCUGUCCCCCAGGGGGACAUGAGUGACGGGAAUAGGGUUCGCAACACCACCCCUGACCUGGAGGAGGAGGGGGAAGCGUUGCUUCAAGGAUCCGACACGGAGAACAACGGACAUCCCAGUGUGCAGCCUGGGAUCAGAGGGGAGCUGGGGAAUGUAUCUCUGCUGCUCUUCCUUUAUGUCCUCCAGGGCAUCCCUCUGGGCCUGGCCGGGAGCAUCCCUCUCAUCCUGCAGAGUAAGAACGUCAGCUACAAGGACCAGGCCUUCUUCAGCUUUGUUUUCUGGCCCUUCAGUCUCAAGCUGCUGUGGGCCCCGCUGGUUGACGCGCUCUACCUGACCAGGUUUGGACGCCGGAAGUCAUGGCUGGUGCCCACCCAGUACCUGCUGGGUCUCUUCAUGCUGUACCUGUCGGUUAUCGUGGAUACGCUGCUGAAAAGUGAUGAGGGGCAGGGCCCCGAUGUGAUAACCCUGACGGCGGUGUUCUUCAUGCUGGCCUUUCUGGCAGCCACCCAGGACAUAGCAGUGGAUGGCUGGGCUCUGACCAUGCUGUCUAGGGAGAACGUGGGCUACGCUUCCACCUGUAACUCUGUAGGACAGACUGCUGGCUACUUCCUAGGCAAUGUGCUCUUCCUGGCCCUGGAGUCAGCUGACUUCUGCAACAAAUACCUGAGAGCAGAGCCUAAAGAGACUGGCAUCGUGACACUGUCAGACUUCCUGUUUUUCUGGGGUGUGGUGUUCCUGGUGUCGACCACGCUGGUGGCCAUUAUGAAGAAGGAGAACGCCAGGGGACAGCACGGGAAGAAGAAGGUCCGGGAGGAGACGCAGAGCGUCGUGGAAACAUACAAACUGCUGGUCUCCAUCAUCAAGAUGCCUGCCGUGUUCACCUUCUGUAGCCUGCUGCUCACUGCUAAGAUGGGUUUCUCUGCAGCAGACGCAGUGACCGGUCUGAAACUGGUAGAGGCAGGUGUUCCUAAAGAGCAGCUGGCGUUACUGGCUGUCCCCAUGGUCCCACUGCAGGUACUACUACCACUCAUCAUCAGUAAAUACACCGCUGGACCACGACCACUAGACGUCUUCUACAGGGCCUUUCCCUUCAGGUUGUUGAUAGGUCUGGGGUAUGCUGUGUUGGUGUGGUGGACUCCCAGUUUAAAGCAGGAUGGGGGAUUCCCCCUCUACUACUACGCUAUAGUACUGUUCAGCUACGCACUGCACCAGGUGGCGCUGUACAGCAUGUAUGUGGCCUGUAUGGCUUUCCAUGCUAAAGUGAGUGACCCAGUGAUUGGUGGGACUUACAUGACCCUGCUGAACACUGUCACCAACCUGGGGGGAAACUGGCCCUCCACCCUGGCAUUGUGGAUGGUCGACCCACUCACCUCUAAGGAGUGCCAGGGAGCUGCUGGGCAGAAUUGUGGCUCCCCAGAGGAGACGGGGCUGUGUGUUAAGGAGGGCGGUGUGUGUGUGACGUCAUUGGAUGGUUACUAUGUGGAGUCGGUGGUGUGUGUGUUGAUAGGACUAACGUGGUGGGUGUGGCUAGGGAAGAGGAUGAGAAGGCUACAGGACCAGAGCCCUGCAGCGUGGAGGUGCAGGAUCGGCCAAUGUUCACCCAGCUCCUGACCUGCACCACCCCUUCCUGACCCCAGCAAGGCCAAUCGCCAGACAGCUACAGUCUGAUAUAAAAGCUUCUGUCAGCUCAGCCUUUAACCCUGGCCUGAACGUCACUUCCUCUCUCUCUCAUUUCUGUUUCUGUCUUCCUCCGACUCUCUUUAUUUCUCUCCUUUCUCUGUCCCUCUUUCUCUCGUUCUCUGACUCUUCUCAGUGUCCCUCUUUUUUCCCUCCCCUCCCUUCUUCCCACCCUUUGCUCAGUGUAUAUAUUAUCUUUCAGCAGUCUUUCUUUGCGUUAACUGUAACUGUGGUCCGGCCACCACAAGACUAUGGACCAUAACGGUCAAUAACCACACUCUCUUGGAGAGUCAAGAGUUAUAUUUCUCCUUGCAACGUCACAUCCUCACCAUGGCUUCUGUGGGUGCCGCUUCAACUAUGUCCCAUUGGAAACAAAAGAAGGAACUAUUCUUCUUGCUAGGAAUAUUUACAGUAGACAUAGCUGCUCCUUCUCAAUCCACAUUGUCUGCUACUUAAACUAUUUAACUUUCUGUCACUGUUAUUUGUGCCUUGCUCUGUUCUUCAAAGACUCUGAUUUUAAAGUUGGUCGGAUAUUUAGAAAAGGCAUUCAUCAACGAACGGUCAUAAAAAGCAAACCACAUUAUAUAUAGAUGGUUAAAUAUGAACUUUGAGAUGGUCAGCCAAGACCUACUUGAUAAAUAGGUCAAAUUUCUUUGUGUAACAUGGAGUCAGAAAUCACAUUUGUAUUCUUCAUGGUAAUCUAUAGUCCCUUUAAAAGAAAUGCCUAAAUUAUAACAGUACUGUUUUAAUAUACACUGAGUGUACAAAACAUUAGGAACAUCUUCCUAUUGAGUUACUAUGUUACACCUUCCUAAUGUUGAGUUGCACCCCCCUCCUUUUUCCAUGUUGACUCAAUGCUUCCCACAGUUGUCAAGUUGGCUGGAUGUCCUUUGGGUGUUGGACCAUUCUUGAUACACAUGGGAAACUGUUGAGUGUGAAAUUCAGCAGCGUUGCAUUUCUUGACACAAACUGGUGUGCCUUGCACCUACCAUACCCUGUUCAAAGGCACUUCAAUAUUUUUUUCUUGUCCAUUCACCCUCUGAAUGGCACAAACACAAUCCAUGUCUCAAUUGUCUCCAGGCUUGAACAUCCUACUUUAACCUGUCUCCUCCCCUUCAUCUACACUGAUUGAAGUGGAUUUAACAAGUGACAUCAAUAAGGGAUCAUAGCUUUCACCUGGACUCACCUGGUCAGUCUGUCAUGGAUGGUUCUUUAUGUUUUGUACACUCAGCGUAUUUCUCUAAUGUUUUGAAUACAACAGUAUUUUCUCUAAAUCAGCAAUGAGAGGUCAGAGGUUGUGUGAAAGGGAGAAGGCAGGUAACAGUCAGGUCAGGAUCUGGGAUCACCUAUAUCGGUUCUGUUUGGUUUAUGUCAUAGAAAAUAUCAAUGUUUUUCUGUUAAUUCUCAAGAGUUAUUUUUAUUUAUUUUGGGGCUCUUUGCUCUAUACUACAUCAGGCUGAACAAAAUAAUUUGCAUUGAUCCAUGUGUGGAACGCUGAUAAAUCAGAUUCUGUGUUUCUCCCUUCAUUUCUGCCCCUAACCACCGGUCCACAUUCAGAUGGGGCUCAGCUCCUGAAGGUGAAAGUCAGGGUUGGGGUGUGGGGGAAAGAGCACGCUGAGUUUCCACACCAAUGCAAAGCCUUCAUACUGGAACUGAGACACUUGUUAGCCUUGAACAUUUCAUUUUUUUAACUUUCUCUUCAUUUUACAUCUUGUGAUGCUGAUGUAUGUACAUUGCCUUUUAUCUCUGUCAGUACUUUUAACAAUUUCAAAUAUUGCCUAAACUCUACCAGCAUUCAUUUACAUAUGGAUAUGUUUGACUUGUUUUGACUUACCAAAUAUUUAAAUUAAUGUUUUUUUUAUGUUUAUUUUUUUUCUUGUCGGUUUGUCUUAAUUUCAGUUGUACAUUCUUUAAAAAAAUAAAACUCCACUAGUUAUUUUCCAAGAUGAGUGGAGGGUUUUUAAAAGAAUGUUCAACUACUGAAUUUCCCAUGGAAUACAAAUGAUUUGUGAUGGGCUGCUGGAAACAAAUCUUUGAUUCCCAACUCCCAUUUAUAAAAGCUGACGUUAAAGACCUGCUUGGUAUUGGAGUUGUCCCUAGUGGGAACAACUCAGUGGGAAUCGAACCCACAACCCUGGCAUUGCAAGGGCCGUGCUCUACCGGAGGGUGACUACCCGGGUUGGGAUCAAUUCCAUUUAAUUUCCAGUCAGUUUGGGAAGUACACUACAAUUCCAAUCCAUUCUAUUCAAUGCUUUUCAAUUAGAAACAUUUAGAGAAGAAAAAAAUAAAUUGACUAGAAUUUUAAUGUGAUUGACCCGAACUCUGCACUUGUACCCUGUGAGACUUGUACGCAAUGCUGUAAAAUGUUCUGAGUAACUUUUGUACCAACAUUCCCAAGAUGUAAUAUUGAAAAUAUUUACAAUAAUAAAUAUCUUAUGUAAUACAAUGAA